CUUUUGCACUGUAAGAGAAGGGAACUUGUUUUUCUUGUCUUCACAGUGCAGAAAGCUUAAGCAAACAAGGAUAUCUCAGAAAACAGAGAGAAGGUGCUUCAGACGGUUUUCUGCAGCGUCACAUGAUGAUGAAGCAGUGAACGGAACACAAAAUUAUAUGGAAAGAAGAUACAUUACCAGGGUGAUAAGCGAAGAAUGGAGAUACUUCAGAUCUAAUCAAUCCUCGUAUUUCACAGUCCAUUGUAAGAGGUCUGGUUUCUUCAACCCUGAUUUGUACUAAUGAAGGACUACCUUAUCCAAUGUAAUACUUUUUGUUUUGAACAGGAAUAUGAGCUCACCCACUUCCUUCCGACUUUCCUUUGCAAGUCUACGAAUGCCUUUCUCAGAUAGCAUCAAAUACACUCUAUUGGGCAUCUCAGUCUUUCUGUUUGCAAUUGCAGCGCUGAUAUUAACAUGGCAGUUGUAUCAAUACUGCAAGCGCAAACCAAAACCCAGUGGAAAAGUAAAGAGCUAUCGAAGUGUGGAUGACAAACAGGCAGGGAACACUAUUUUUGAAGCAGUGGAUAAAGAAUCAGAUAUUCAGAAGUAUGAUUACAAGGUUCAAAAACUCGAAGGUGAAAUAAAAAAACUGAGCAGGUGCCUUUCAGCAACUUCGUCGAUUAGUGAGCAAGACAGCGCUGACUUUCAGAGCAUCACAGAGGCGGACGCCCAGGUGAACAUCCAAGGGAAGCUCAGAUUCUCCGUGUCCUAUGAUAGAGAGCAGUCCCAGUUUGCCCUGACUGUCUUGGACGCUACAGGCCUCCCGGUCCGAGACUUCAGCCAAAGCGCUGACCCCUUUGUCAAGGUAAAGCUGCUGUCCGGACCGCUGUCCGAGCAGCCUAAUCUCCAGUGUGUCCUUCAGGAGUGGGAAACCAAGACGGUGAAAAACAGCAGGAACCCUGUCUUUGGGAGCCAGUUCUCCUGCCCACUUACCGAGAAAGAACUGAAGACGAUUACUGUCAAAUUAGAGGUCAGGGACUUCGACAGAUUCUCAAGACACAGUGUUCUUGGAGAAGUGAGGACGCGCUUGAACAAUUUAAACCUGUUAUCACAUCCGGUUGAGAUCUCGGAAGAGCUACAGAAGUUAAACAAGGACUUGGUUGGAGAAAUACUUCUGUCUCUAAAAUAUCUUCCUACUGCCCAGAGAAUAGAAGUGGGGCUCCUAAAGAUUAAAACAGCUUCACUGACCAGCAAUAAAGAUAAAGCUUUAUAUGCAAGAGUCUCCAUAUUCUGCAACCAGUGUAGGCUGAAGCAACAGAAAACCUCUCUGAAGUCAAAGUGGGGAAUUACUGUAUUCAAUGAGGUCCUGACGUUUUCACUGCCAGACUCUAACAUAAGGGAGUGUGUGAUUGCUGUCUCUGUUUAUGAAACUAUCGUCCAUCAAAAAAAUAGUAAGUGCCUGAUUGGACAAGCUAUCCUGGGGAAAAGGAAGGCCAGUGAAGAUGAGCACUGGUGUCUGAUGAUGCAAUCCCUACGCCAGCCAAUCGCAAAGUGGCAUUCCCUUUUAAUCUAAAGUGUGGUUUCUUUGGUUGCCAGCUAUGGUGCAAAACAAUUUUUAAGAACCUUCCGCUUCAACACUGUCAGUUGAGUGUUGGCCAGCAUACAUGGUUCUCAUUGCUGAUCAGAGGGGGUUAGGGCAAAUUGAGCAGAUGUAUGCACCUGCCAACCAAGUGUCUACCAUCAGUCCUCUUGUCAAGCUCUGUCAAAUCUCUUGUCUUGCCCAUCAUGACUGAAACUGACUUGAAACACAGACAUGCAGCCUUUAUAUAUUACAGAAUAAUUGUUCGGGAUUACAGCCUGUUUUUUUAAAAAAGAAGAGGCCACUCAACUGGCUAACUGAUGUAUUUUACUUUCUAAAAACAUUCUGGUUUAUUAUACAGACUAUCCCUUUGGUCAGUCUCGUUGGUUAGAUUUGGGAAAAACAAUAAAUAUAUUUAGUUCAUUCUUUAAUGUCUGGAUGUAUGUGGUAUUUGAAAGACUAGGGUUAGGGUUAAAAACACAUUGUGGGAUUGAAUGAAAUGGAGGAGCCCUACAGUCAGUUCCUUCAUUAUAUAAUUAAAUAAUGAAGAUUAAAUAAUCAAGGGCCUUUUUGGUACAACAUCCUGUAAAUUAAAUGGAUUGCAAGACCCAAGGCUGAUUACUGAUUUUGAAAACAGUAUUUAUUAUACCAGUAAUGGGGUCAUUUGGGAACUCCUGUGCAGAGUCCACUGGAGGGAGGGAGAAUGCUUCAUACUGCCCUGUAGUGUAGGGAGAGGAGAUAUGUUUCACUUCGUUGUCUACAACAGACACUAAAGUGUUCAUUUCCCCCUCAAGAGACUUUCCAAGCAGCCAUUUAUAGUGCUUUCUGAGAGGAAUUUAUGUGGAAGAUAACGACAUUGCCAACAAUUCACUUUGAUUUAAUGUACAUUUUACCUUUGUGGAAAGUUUCACAAUAACAGAACAGAGAUACUAUUAAUAAUGAAAAUAUUGUAUCUCUCUCUCUCUCUCUCUCUCUC